CGAAAUUUUUGCAAUUGAAGUCCAUCAAUGCCAACAAGUCUUGCUGAUUCUUCUGUCCUCACAGCUGACGGCUCGAUCAAAGUGCUGAGCUGCUCUGCAUUCUCGCCUUCCUAUUCAGCUUAGGGUUUGAAGCCCGCGCCAUUCAAAUUGGUCACUGCACGCGAGGAAGAAUCGCAGCCCCGAAAUGACGCCCGUCUCCCAGGAGGAUCUGGCAGAAUUGCCUACACCAGACAUGAUCACUCUACUCUUCAAGUGCCACAAAUCCACGACCGCGCUAUCUGUUUUACCAACCAGGCCGUUCCCCGAGAUCAAAGCUCUCUUGCUUGCAGCCCUUGAAUCACGGAACCUCAAAACGCUGCCAGACUCCAGCGCACCUCUCCCGGAAGACCCAGAAGAGUUGGAAUUCGGCGUGCUAGCGGACAAGAAGGACCCGAGUAAAGGCUGGGUUCCCAUGGAUAUCAAAGAGCAAGAGGUCACCGGUCCCAAGGGCACCAAAAAGAAAGUCGGCGGAAAACACUCGGUCCUCAAUCUGAACCCGCUUGGGGCUGGUCUUGGUGAUGGGGCCUGGGUAGCAUAUCGACUAAAGGUGAAGCAGAAAGAACCACAAGUGGAAGACGAAGAUCACGAGGGCGGUACUCCAGACGUCGAGAUAGACGAGGAUCCCGGAUUCGAUGUGAUCCUUCCCAGUUUCGAAGAAGAGGCUGAGUGAUUUUCGACCCCCAAGAAUUGUUGCUACCAAGUAAUCGCCCGUCGCAGCCAUGAGAGACACGAGGCAACACCACCUCCAUACAAUGCACUUUUACAGUGCCGUCGUCCGCACGAUGAAUGCGGAAGGAAUUGAGCGGUUGAAGGAAUAUCGUUUCAUGAUUGAAGGAGAAAGACAAUUUUGUUUCUCAAGUGGCAGGGCUGGUGCUAGCCCAGCACAGGGUGGAAGGGUGCCAUCUCCGGUGUCCUGCACUGUGUGGUGGCAUCCUCGGGAAGAUGGAUUUCAGCCCCCAUCGAGCUUAUGCAUCUAGCAAAGUCGAGGAAGUGAUAGUCAGGACUUAGUCUUGCGAGGGCUGGCGGAGUGAAUUGCCAGCGGGCGCAAUUUGACGGUGGAUUUUGAAGUCCCUCGACGAUCGCUCGCAAACGGGUGCGGUGGCCGUUGGCAGGUGUUGUGCUAUAUCUGGAAACUUCAAAGUGGUUCCCCCACAACAGAUUCUGGGAUAGGGCUGAAGCGGCUGACAAGCGGGUGGCACUUUGACACAAUUGCAGUCACUCCGUACUAGAAGCUUGGGUUGACCUGGGCUGGUCAUGAGACAAACGCCAGUGAAAGCUGCGCAGCUUCGAAGGCAGGCAAAACUAGUUAAGCAGCUAGAACAGGCCCUCGACCAUCAAUUGGGCGGAUGGAUGUCAUUAAGCA